GUGAUUUAAAACAAUUAAGAUCUUGUUCCAAGGUUAAAAGAUAGUAACAAAGCUCGGAAUCGGAGAACGUAUCGGACAAUAUAUUCAUUCAUUUGAUUAUCAAGUUUAAAAUUGAUAUUGCAAAAAACAGCAUAAUAGUAUUAAGAAAAGAAUGUUGAGAGUUAAAAAUAUAAGUAAUUCGGUUAGAUUAGUAUCGAAAUUUAAUCAAAUACCAGUUACUAGUAGAUUUUUUUCAACUAGUUUACCAAAAAAAGCAGCCGAUCAUGAAGAAUCAGUUAAACCAUUUACCAAUGCUUUAGGUAGACCGGCUCAAAGAUACUCUACUGAAGGGAGUGUUUUGGGUAAAACCACAUUAACCGAAGCCAUGGAUGAAGUUGAUAUGAUUUGGGGUAGAGAUGAUGAUCCAAAACAAAUAGAAAAACAAAAUACUAAAAUUAGACAUUUUACUAUUAAUUUAGGUCCUCAACAUCCAGCUGCUCAUGGUGUGUUAAGAUUAAUUUUAGAAUUACAUGGGGAAGAAAUUGUCAGAGCUGAUCCUCAUGUUGGUUUAUUACAUAGAGGUACUGAAAAAUUAAUUGAAUCAAAAACUUAUAUGCAAGCUUUACCAUAUUUUGAUAGAUUGGAUUAUGUUUCAAUGAUGACAAAUGAAUUAGUUUUUGCUUUAGCUGUUGAAAAAUUAUUAAACGUUGAAGUUCCAUUAAGAUCUAAAUAUAUCAGAACUAUGUUUGGUGAAAUUACUAGAAUUCUUAAUCAUUGUAUGUCUGUUUUAUCACAUAUUAUGGAUGUUGGUGGUUUAACUCCUUUCCUUUGGGGGUUCGAAGAACGUGAAAAAUUAAUGGAAUUUUAUGAACGUGUUAGUGGUGCAAGAUUACAUUCAGCUUAUGUUAGACCAGGUGGGGUUUCUCAAGAUUUGCCAGUUGGUUUAUUAGAUGAUAUUUAUAUGUGGGCCACUCAAUUUGGUGAUAGAAUUGAUGAAGUUGAAGAAUUGGUUACUGAUAAUCGUAUUUGGCAAGCAAGAACCAAAGAUGUUGGGGUUGUUACUGCUGAUGAUGCUAUGAAUUAUUCAUUAUCAGGAGUUAUGUUAAGGGGUUCUGGUAUUCCUUUUGAUAUUAGAAAAUCUCAACCUUAUGAUGCUUAUGAUUUAGUUGAUUUUGAUGUUGCAGUUGGUAUGAAUGGUGAUUGUUAUGACCGUUAUUUAGUAAGAAUGAGUGAAUUCAGACAAUCUUUAAGAAUUAUUGAACAAUGUAUUAAUGAUAUGCCUGAAGGUCCAGUUAAAGUUGAAGAUUUUAAAAUAAGUCCUCCUCCAAGAUCUCUUAUGAAAGAAGAUAUGGAAGCUUUAAUUCAUCAUUUCUUAUUAUUCACUAAAGGUUAUUGUGUUCCAGAAGGUGAAACUUAUACUGCAAUUGAAGCUCCAAAAGGUGAAAUGGCAGUUUAUGUUGUUAGUGAUGGUACUGAAAGACCUUAUAGAUGUAAAAUCAGAGCUCCAGGUUUUGCUCAUUUAGGUGCUUUUGAUCAUAUUUCGAGAGGUAACUUAUUAGCAGAUGCCGUUGCAAUCAUUGGUACUAUGGAUUUGGUUUUUGGUGAAGUUGAUCGUUAAUCAAUUUUAUAAUAUUUCAUUUCCUUUAAGCAUUAUUUAUCAUUCCUUAAUUUAUUUAUUCCUUCAUCCUUCUUUCUUCCAUUUUAGAUUUAUCAAUUGUUGUUUAAUUAGAUUGUCUAUAGUGGAUCUUCAUA